AUGGAAGAGACUUGCUCAGAGAGCCCCAAAGAGUCAAAUAUUAUUUCAUUUAUUUGGCACAAACUGCUCAAACGUGUGCCUCCCCCCAUCAUGAUUUGCUUGUUUUUUCUACUUUUGCAGAUUUUUGUGAUUUCAGUGGUUUCCCAAUGCCCACCUGGUCUAACUCCCCUCUUUUCCAACUCCAACUUCAAUCAACCACUGACAUGUACCCCACAGGACGCGUGCAGUUGUUAUUCUUCGUCGGGAUCUUCUCGUUUUGGGACAAUAUGUCAAUAUGCUAGUACCUACAAUAACUACAUAUGUUGUUAUUCGACAAAUACACAAUGUGGAUCCAAUUCAAGCCCCCAAGUGUCUGCAUCUGGCCAAGUUGUGACCUGCUCUACAAACACACAGUGUGCGUCUGGAUACACGUGUAACAAUGGUGCCUGCUGUCCCAACACCAAUUCUAAUACCUGCAGUUCAAAUGGAAACAAUGGAUGCUUGGCGGGUCAAACAAUGGUCAAUGGGCAGUGCUACAACUCGGUGAACAUCGGAUCUGCAUGUCAGAGCACCCAGCAGUGUCUAGGAGGAUCCCAGUGCCAGAACAACAUUUGUCAAUGUUACAGUGGUUAUGUGAACGUCAAUCAGCAAUGCGUGAUCAGUAACGGGCUGAAUUGCCAACUCGGGACAGUGUCCUAUAACUCUCAGUGUAUAACUCUUGCAUCGCCAGGACAAAAUUGUCAGACCUCUUCUCAGUGUAUUGACAACUCGGUGUGCAUGAAUCAGAUGUGCACCUGUAAUAAUAAUUACCGAUUGGUGUAUGGAUACUGUGUCCCAAUCACCUCCUCAAUCUGCCAACAAACGCAAACUCUUGUCAACAAUCAAUGUGUUCUCCUGUCCAUCGUCGGAGAAACAUGCAUCGCAAAUCAACAAUGCGUUGGAGGAGCCAUGUGUAACUCUGGAACAUGUCAAUGUACAAAUGGAGCAACUGCAAUGUACGGAUAUUGUAUUAGUUCAUCGUCAUCUUCUUGCAACUCGAACCAAGUUUCAAUAAAUGGAAUGUGCUACAACACAGUACAAGUCGGUGGCUCUUGCUCUUUCUCGCAGCAGUGUCUGAACAACGCUGUCUGUACAAAUAAUAUUUGUGUCUCGACGUUCUGCAGCGUUUCGUGCUCCACAAAUCAAGUAUGUAUCUCCAAUCAAUGCUACAACUACGUUUCCAUUGGAUCACAAUGUGUUGGUUCGCAGCAGUGUCUCUCUAAUUCUCAGUGCAUAAGUAGUAUUUGUCAAUGUCCACAGGGAACUCAGCAGUCGAAUGGAGUAUGCACAGGAAACAACAAUAACAACAACCAGUGCCAGCCAAACCAGGUGCUCAUCAAUAACCAAUGCUACAAUACCGUCUCCAUUGGCUUCCAAUGUCAAUUCCCCCAACAGUGCCUUGGAAACUCGCAAUGCAUGAAUUCAAUGUGUCAGUGUCCAACUGGUUCAACAAAUGUGAAUGGCUACUGUCAAGGAGGUUCGAAUGGACAAUGUAAUUCCAAUCAGGUGCUCAUCAAUAACCAAUGUUAUAACACUGUUUCAAUCGGCUUCCAAUGUCAAUUCGCCCAACAAUGCCUUGGAAACUCACAAUGCCUGAACUCAAUCUGUCAAUGCCCAUCAGGAUCCUCCAAUGUCAAUGGCUACUGUCAAGGUGGUUCAAAUGGACAGUGCAAUUCCAAUCAGGUCUACUACAACAAUCAAUGCUAUAACACUGUACCUAUCGGUUCCCAAUGCCAGAUCACUCAACAGUGUCUUGGAAACUCACAAUGUAUGAAUUCAUUCUGUCAGUGCCCAUCUGGAACAACCAAUGUCAAUAACUUCUGCACAACAUCAUCUUCUUCAUCAAAUCUGUGCUCUGCUGGGCAGACUGUUCAAUUAGACAGUUCCAAUCAGCCAAUCAACUGUUUAGUUUCCACGUGUCCUAAUAAUUCGUUCUGUCAGUAUUCAUCAUCUGGUCAACGAUAUGUAUGUUGUCGCAGUACAUCUGGAAAGAAGAAAUAAUAAAGAAUUUGGAUGGAGAAAGAUAUAAAUGAUAAAUUGAAUCGGUUAAUAAUGAUGAGAUUGAAUAAAUAUUUUGAAAAUAAUUAAAUCC